AUCCUUUUUUCUCUCUCUCUCUGGUUUUCCCUCUGCUAUGUUCUCAGAAUUGCAGCUUUCUGCUUCGGUUUUAUUCCUUUACACUAUUCAACUACAAAACAAGUGUACGUUAUUACUAGACUAGAUUUCAUGGGGUUAUAUGAGGCAGGGUGUGCAAUUAUUUUAGAGGAUGAAGCUCAUUCAUUUUUCCCUGAUCCAAAUCUGAUUAAUAAUCUCAGAGUUAAUGAUAAUUUAGUCAAUAGGAAUCAUGUUGACAUUAGUCCAUUUCAAUCAAAUACUUUAGUCCCAUCAACUGCAGAUGAGGAUUAUGAUUUUAGUGAUGUGGUGCUUAAGUAUAUAAAUCAGAUGCUAAUGGAAGAGGAUAUUGAAGAAAUGUCUUGUAUGUUUCAAGAGUCUGCAGCUCUUCGAGCUGCAGAACAAUCGUUUUACGAAGUCAUUGGGGAGGAGUACCCUUCUCCCCCGAUUGUUGAGAAACCGUCCAAUUUAGGUCAGAAUGGACAUUAUACUAGGGAAACUAGCCACUUUUACUAUAGUGGAAAUGAUGGUUGUGAUGGCAUACCAUGCCCGAAUUGGAAUCUUGAUCUCGGUGGGGAUGACGUGCCAUACGUGUCACAUUUUCCUGAUGGUGUUGCUUUGCGUUCAACUUCUUGGUCGCCUCACAGUUCGUCAAGUACUGUCACGGAUGUGCCUGUGGAUUCUCCUGUGAACACACUUAGGAUUCCUGAUAUAUUUAGUGAUAGAGAGUCUAUUAUGCAGUUUAAGAAAGGGGUGGAGGAGGCAAGUAAGUUCAUUCCUCGGGGCAAUAGUUUGUUUGCUGAUGUGAGGUAUAAUGCCAUGGGAAACGAGCAAAAUGAAGAGAGAAAAGAUGCAGUAGUAAAAGUUGCGAAAUAUGGAGAAAAGCAAUCUCCUGAAAGGUCAAGAGGGAAGAAAAACACUCUUCAAGAAGAUGUAGUAGAUUCAAUGGAAGAAAGAAAUAACAAGCAGUCUGCAGUGUUUUAUGAAUCAACUGUACGAUCAGAAAUGUUCGAUAGGGUGCUGCUAUGCAAUGCAGGAAAAGAUGAAUCUGCUCUUCGCGAGACCUGGCAGACUAUAUCAAGGCGAAAUGCGUUAGAGAACGGCGUUUCAAAGGGAUCUAAUGGUAAGAAGUCGCAAGGAAAGAAACAAGGGGGUAAAAGAAAUGUAGUGGACUUGAGUAAGAAUUCACAAGCAAAGAAACAAGGGGGUAAAAGAGAUGUAGUAGACUUGAGAACACUCUUGACACUUUGUGCACAAGCUGUUGCUGCGGAAAAUCGAAGGACAGCAAAUGAGCUUCUGAAGGAGAUCAGGCAAGGUUCUUCUCCAAUGGGGGAUGGGAUGCAGAGGUUAGCCCAUUAUUUUGCUAAUGGUCUUGAGGCACGGAUGGCGGGUUCUGGUACUCAUAUUUAUAAAGCCCUUAUUACACGGCCUGUAUCAGCGGCUGAUGUCUUGAAAGGUUACCAGUUACUGCUUGCUGCCUGCCCGUUCAGGAAGAUCUCUAACUUUUUCUCAAAUAAGGCAAUUAUGAAUCUAGCUGAAAAUGAUUCAACUGUACAUAUUAUAGAUAUUGGUAUUAUGUGGGGUUUCCAAUGGCCUGCCCUCAUACAACGUCUCUCUUCUAGACCGGGUGGACCUCCCAAGCUUCGUAUAACUGGGAUUGAUUUUCCACAUCCUGGUUUUCGACCAGCAGUGAGGGUUGAGGAAACGGGGAGACGGUUAACUAACUAUGCUGAGCGUUUCAAUGUUCCUUUUGAGUUCAAUGCUAUAGCGCAGAAGUGGGAAACAAUUAAACUUGAGGAUCUGAAGAUCAAUAAGGGUGAGGUUCUUGUGGUGAACUGUCUGUACCGUUUUAGGAAUCUACUUGAUGAGACUGUGGAUGUAAAUAGUCCAAGAGAUGUUGUUCUAAAUCUUAUCAGGAAGUUGAAUCCAGAUGUUUUCAUACUGGGGAUUGUAAAUGGCGCUUAUAAUGCCCCAUUCUUUAUCACACGAUUCCGCGAGGCUCUUUUCCAUUACUCAUCCUUGUUUGAUAUGCUUGAAGCUAAUAUUCCCCGGGAAGUACACGAGAGAAUGCUGAUUGAAAAGAAUAUACUUGGUCGGGAGGCAAUGAAUGUCAUCGCGUGCGAAACAGCUGAGAGAAUUGAACGGCCAGAAACAUACAAACAGUGGCAAGUCCGAAUUAUGAAAGCUGGUUUUCGACAGCUGCCUUUGGAUGAGGAGAUCAUGAGAAUGGCAACAGAACGAUUCAAGGUAUAUGACAAGAAUUUCGUGAUCGAUGUAGAUAGUGAAUGGCUACUGCACGGAUGGAAGGGUCGUAUCGGAUAUGCACUUUCCACAUGGAAGGCAGCUUGUUAAAUGAGCUGAUGAAUGUGUUAACAAGUACAACUGUGAAGGCUAUGUUCAUAACACUGUUUCGCCUAUGGGGAGCGGAUUGCGUUCCUUCCCUAAUGCAAUGAGCUGUGGUAAUCGCAACAGGAGAGAGGAAUGGCAACACAAUGUUGGAGCAGCAUCUGUGUCUGGUAAAACUCAUUUCGCCUGGGUAUGACAUUAACAGUAUUGAGCAAAUAGGCAAUAAUAGUAGGUAGCAGUGUGUGUAUUGGCUUCUUUUCAUUUGUAUUUUACAUCAACCAUGUUAGUUACAUCAACCAUGUUAGUUAUAUGUAGCAUAUACAAUGAUUUGUGAAGGUGUUAUAGGUGUCUUCUCUACUAAUAAAGGCGAGUUCUAGCAUGAUUUUUGUCCAUUUGGGUUCUUCUCCUCACAAGUUCAGUGCAGGGGAAACAGAUCCAAUUUUCUCCCUAGCCUUUCUUCUAAAAGAUGGCGCAACCUAUAUAAAAGAAUUCUUGAUUAAUAUGCUUCUAUAACUUAAACACUUUGGGUUCGUUUGGUACUAUGGAUAAACAAAAAUAAUCAUGGGAUAAAAAUUUAGUACUGCCUUAUCCAUUGUUUGGUUACUAAUUCUGGGAUAAGUUGUCUCGGAAUUAAAAAUAGUACCGGAAUAACUUAUAUCUGCCAGAGGAUGAAAUAAUAAUCACAGGAUAAGUUAUCUCAAAAUAAAAUAAUAAAAUUGACAAUCUUAGGAUUAAUACAACAUAUCAAACAGUCAAUAAAAAUAAUACAGCAUAAUUAAUAAUUUGUCUUCAAACCAAACGACGCCUGAGAUAUCCAAUGGGAUUAGUUAUCCCACUUCUAUAUGAGAUAACUAAUCGCAUCAUUUUAGCAUAAAACUUAUUCCCGAAUUAACUAAUACCCCAAACCAAACAUAGAAUAAAGUUAAUCCCAAACUUUAUUCCGGGAUUAUUAUCCUAAUUCCAUAUACCAAACGACCCCUAAACAUCAUCUUUGGCCAAUAUUAACAUUGUUCUUUAUCUAUCUUCUGCUACUUGGCCAAUAUUGACAUUAUGCUCAAUGUUUUCUUCUUUUCACAUUGGAGACAAUAAGUUUAACAUUUUUGUUAUGAAGAAGAAUCAAAAGAUUAUAUUAUUUCAUCACAUUGCAAAAUCCCAUAUACAAAAGAACAAAGAAUCAAUACAAUAAUAUUUCAUCAUCCAACCAAUUUGAACAACAUAUGCCUCUCCCAAUUUUAAAAAAGAAAAUCCAAAACCUCAACUUCUUAAUGCCUUAAUACAGCAAACAAAGACACGAGCAAAGAAGUUCCAAUCAAAACACCAGAAACCGGCAAAGAGAAACCCGCCCCGGCAUCAGGCGACGGAGCUGGUGCAAGACUAGGCUCCUGAGCCGA